CCGAUGACAAAAGACGCCCCGUGAUUGGUUGCAUGAUGGAUCCGGGAUUUACCGCCGCCGUUGUAUGUCAUCGGUUGGUGGCACUCGCACUCUGUAUGCCUGUUGGUGCUUUCAAAGCAAUACAUCGAAUGAUUGAUCGACCUUCGGGAUUGUCUUGCGGUUACUGCAUUCUGUCUUCUAUGUUAAGAGCAACAACACAUUUCUCACAUCACAUCCACACAAUCUUGCCUCCAACGACUUGCGCCCAACGUGUUCCCCUCCCGAUCGAUAUCUUUCAAAUGCACUCAUAGCAUUUACCAUCGACAUUCUAUGCCCUUGUUACACACCUAGAUCUUUGACCAUGAAUGCGCCACGGUUGGCGCUGGAGAGGUCAGCACCCUCGCUGCUCUUUGUUCGCCUGGCAGUUCCUUCUUCUCAAUCGACAAGACCCUGCCAGCACCUUUUGCGGCAAUUCUCUCAGUCCAAGUACUGGACUGCUUCAUCCGAGAAGUUUGCGUCGAUCCCAUCGUAUCAACCAUAUCCUCUCGCCAAGCCACCCACAGGGCCACGUAACAACGACAUACCCGAAAGCUCGAUAGCGAGCCCAGUGCCACAAGUACACGAGACAAGACCACCACAGACACCUACGGCACAGUCACCACCCAAGCAGACGUCUCAACAGAAUGCCGCACCUGCCUCUGUCCCCGAGCAAGAAGCCCAGAAGCCGAAACCUGCACCGGAGAGGAAGCGCAAGCUACGGCCACGCAAAGCAGCUAUGAAGCUCACAUCAGCCGCUGUGGAGCAGUUGCGCGAAAUGAUGGAGGGCCCCGAACCAAAGAUGAUCAAAGUUGGCGUGAGGAACAGGGGCUGCAGUGGGCUGGCUUACCAUCUCGACUGGGUAGACAAAGCUGGUCCGUUUGACGAAGCGGUCGAGCAAGACGGCGUCAAGGUCUUAAUUGACAGCAAAGCACUCUUCAGUAUAAUUGGUAGUGAAAUGGACUGGGUGGAAGACAAGUUGAGCCAGCGGUUCACCUUCAAAAACCCCAACAUCAAGGAGGAAUGUGGCUGCGGCGAGUCGUUCAUGGUGUAGGAUGAGUCCUUUGGCAUUGAGAUACCAAUUUUGCAUAUGCAUUGGGUGGCGUUCAGGGAAUAGAGCCUACAAUGGCCAUUUGUACACUAUGACCAACUUCGAGCGUUAUGUAGAGGAGUUCUGACGACUCAGUCACGGUUCAAUUUGACAGUUUGGUGUGUGGAAAGACAAUCACAUACUGGGGCUAUAGGGGCUUGUAUAAUGGGAUCAUGCGCAGUCCUGGUCCAGGGUUGAGACUUCAGAGAUGCCUGACGAGUAUGGAGUUGCUCCAGAUAUGGAAUCGCAUGAUCAAGAAAGACCUUGUAGGUUCUUUUGCCACGAAAGCUCGGUGUCCAACCAAUUGCGCUGAACUAUGCCACUUUAAUCCAACUACACGUACAUUCUUUAGCA